AUGCUUCGAGCUGCCCGUAAUUAUAGCACGGUGAAGACACUGACCAUUGGUCUGAUUCCUGGUGACGGCAUUGGCCGCGAGGUCAUUCCUGCUGGACGGGCCAUUCUUGAGAAUUUGCCCGCCGAGGACGGCCUCAAGUUCGAGUUCCUGGAGGCUCCGGCCGGAUUCGAUCACUUUAAGAAAACCGGCACUGCUCUGCCCGAUGAGACGGUUGAGAUGCUCAAGGCCAAGUGCCAGGGUGCGUUGUUUGGUGCUGUGUCUUCCCCCACCACCCGUGUCGAGGGCUACUCGUCGCCAAUCGUAGCAUUGCGCAAGAAGCUUGGUCUGUACGCCAAUGUGCGACCGGUUAAGAGCGUUAUGGCUAGCGACAAGAUCACCGAUCUUGUGAUUGUGCGCGAGAACACUGAGGACUUGUAUGUCAAAGAGGAGCGUACGUACGAGCGCGAGGACGGCAAGGUUGCUGAAGCAAUCAAGCGCAUAACUGAGUCCGCUUCGAGACGUAUUGGCGCUAUGGCCAUGCAAAUUGCUGUUCAGCGCCAUGGUAUGCGCCAACUUGAUCCUGGUGCGUCCCACCAUUCUCCUGAUGCGCAGGCUAUUUUGACAGUAACCCACAAAUCAAACGUUCUUUCUCAGAGCGACGGCCUGUUCCGGGAGACCAUCAAGCAGGAGUAUGCGGAGCUGCAGUCCAAGGACUCCAAGUACAAGGUUGUUGAUCUUCAGGAGCAGAUUGUGGACUCUAUGGUCUACAAAAUGUUCCGCAAUCCCGAGGACUUUGACGUUAUUGUUGCUCCUAAUCUGUAUGGUGACAUUUUGAGUGAUGGCGCUGCCGCUCUGGUUGGCUCCUUGGGCGUUGUUCCCUCUGCCAACGUCGGCGACGAGUUUGUCAUUGGCGAGCCCUGCCAUGGCUCUGCUCCGGACAUUGAGGGCAAGAACAUUGCCAACCCGAUUGCUACCAUUCGCUCUACUGCUCUGAUGCUUGAGUUCCUGGGCUACCCUGUGCCGGCCGCUCGCAUUUACAAGGCCGUCGAUGCCAAUUUGAUUGCUGGUGUUUGUACCCCUGAUCUUGGCGGUACUGCCACCACCACUGAGGUCGUCGAGGAUGUUAUCAAGCGUCUUUAA